GUCCAGUUGUGCAGCAGAAGAAUCUUAUGCCUUUAUUGUGAAGGGACUAACCGGAAGCAGCGUGUGAGCAGGACCUGCAGCUUUUUAAAACUCAGAUCAGCUGACUGAGGUUCAGUUUGGACCUGGAUCUCACCUGUUCAGGAGUCACCAAUCAGCUGAUCGAUACACUGAUCAUCAUGCCUUUCAUCGAGCACGUGGUGGACCAGGACCUGGAGCGCCUGGCUCUGGACCGGGUCGUCCCGGCGCUGCUGGACCAGGGCUUCUACCACCUGGACGGGCUGCUGGGGGAGCUGGCGGGCGGCGCGGUGCGGGACCAGGUGGCGGAGCUGCACCGAGCCGGGGCGCUGCAGGACGGCCGCCUGGCGAGCUCCGCGCCCGGCAUCCACCGCAGCAGCAUCCGCGGGGACAAGAUCGCCUGGGUGAGCGGCUCGGAGCGGGGAUGCGACGCCGUCAGCUUCCUGCUCGGCAUCCUGGACAGACUCAUCUCCGUGUGCGCCGGCAGGCUGGCGGGCAAGAUCCGGGAGAGGUCCAAGGCCAUGGUGGCAUGUUACCCUGGAAACGGCGCCGGCUACGUCAAACAUGUGGACAACCCCAACAGAGACGGACGCUGCAUCACCUGCAUCUACUACCUGAACAAGAACUGGAACCACACGUACGGCGGCGUCCUCAGGAUCUUUCCUGAAGGGAAAUCUUACGUCAUCGACAUCCAGCCACUGUUCGACCGACUGCUGCUGUUCUGGUCCGACCGCAGGAACCCUCACGAGGUGCAGCCAUCCUACAGCACCAGGUACGCCAUCACGGUUUGGUAUUUCAACUCUGAGGAACGAGCCGAAGCCAAGAGACGCUUCAGGAAGCAGACGGCUUCCAGCAGCUCCAGCUCAUCCUAGUUGGAUUAUGUUCCGCUGAUCCUGUUCAAAUGGCGCCUCCUGCUGUUUGAUUCUCGACAUUACAGCCAAUUCCUUCUGGAGAAGCUGAAAGAAAAGCUGAAAAAAAAGAAGUUGGAUUGAGAGCUGAGUUGAGCUGAAGACUGAAGGCUUCCAGUUGCCUGAAACUCUGGACUAUCCUGCUUUUGACGACGUUCCUGUGAUGUUCUGGUUCCUGCUGCAGUGACGGAAUGUUUCUGAAGCUCCAGUGAGAGCCAGCAGAAAGACUCCAAGGUUUACAGAGAAACAUGAAGCUUCACGUCUGGUUUUCUACUUUCAUACGUUCCGGACAAGCCUUAAAUACAAGAAGAGGAGCAGAAAUAUUUACUGGUCGAUGGAAAAUCGGAGGAUUAUUUGGAAGAAACAAACACAAGACUUCAAGAAAAACUGAGAUUUUGAGCCGUGAAAAGACUCAGAGGAAGAUGUUCUUCCACAUCUGCAUUAAAUCAGUUGGUUUUACUUUAAAACACAUUCAUUAAAUCACAAAUAGCUUCA